AUGGAUCCAGCCGGAGAGGACGGUGGUGCUGAAACACAGCUCGACCUCAACCUCUCCCUGCGGCCUUCCUUGGAGCUGCAGAUGGAGAUGGAGCCGCAGGGCUACUUCUCCUGCUCCUACUGCGACAAGAAGUUCUACACCUCGCAGGCGCUCGGCGGCCACCAGAAUGCCCACAAGUUGGAGCGUAGCAUUGCCAAGCGCAGCCUCCAGCGAGCAGCCGCUCAUAGGCACGCCGCCGGCCCGGGCGGCUAUGGCGGUGCGGUUGAUAAAGAGGAGGCGAGGGAGAGGAGGGGGAAGGAACCACGCAUUUCUGCGCAGGUCAUGACGCCAAGCUCCUCUAACCCGAUGAGGGCGUUGCUGGAGGCCGGAGAGAAGGACUUCACCGACAAGAUUAUUGACCUCUCCCUUAAGCUAUGA